GCGGCACUUGGGACAAGAGACCACACUCCAGGUUUGUAACCAGAAAUUAACUUUACAAAAACGUUGUCGGCUCAAAUACUUACCUUAUGUUACUAAUUUAUUACGUUUUAUUAUGUUUAACAUUGUGAAAAGGUAUAAAAACAAAAAAAGAAGUGAUAAAUUCCACGGUACGAUCGGGAUUGUGAACGCGUGGUGAACGCUGUGAACGAGAGGUGACGAGGAAACUUCCGGCUGUGACGCUGUCCAGUUUCGUGUCCGAUGUUGUGAAAACCGAGCAAAAGGAUGUCAAAUUACGGGCAAGGCCAGGAUUAUUAUUACGACUGGAGCAACCCCCAAGCUCAGCAACAACAGGCCUACACCUACGAUGCGAGCCCGGGCCACGACUUCGGCACGGAACAACAGUUCGGUACCUUCGACUACGAUGCCUCUGCCAGCGGGGGCGGCAGCUCUGGCUACGGCGACGCGUCGUCGUCCUACGUCGGAUCCCCGUACACCGGCAGCAUUCUCACGCCAGACUCGCACCUCGGGGGCUACGGCACGGGCGACGACGACGGCGAAGACGAGCCGCCUCUGCUCGAAGAACUGGGCAUCAACUUCGAUCACAUGCUCCAGAAGACGGUGGCGGUCCUCAACCCAAUCAAAGACCCGGACGCCGCCAUCUUGAAAGAGUCUGACAUGGCAGGUCCUCUUGUGUUCUGCCUUGCGUUCGGCGGUUUCCUCCUGCUCACCGGAAAAGUCCACUUCGGUUACAUCUACGGCAUCGGACUGCUGGGCUGCCUUGCGAUGUACUCGCUGUUAAAUUUAAUGAGUGCCAACGGGAUUUCGGCCGGGUGCACGGUGAGCGUGCUAGGGUACUGUCUUCUGCCCAUGGUCCUGCUGUCUGGGUUGUCCAUACUCUUUUCGCUCAAGGGUAGUCUGGGCACGGCGCUGGCGCUUGCGGUUGUUCUGUGGUGCGCUCUGUCGGCUUCCAAGCUCUUCGUGACUGCGUUGAGUAUGGACCAUCAGCAACCGCUUCUCCUCUAUCCCUGUUCCCUCGUGUACGGAGUGUUCGCCUUGCUCACGAUUUUCUGAGAACUGUUUUUGCUUCGGGUGGCUGGAGCGUUGUUCCCGUUGUAUCUAUUAAAGCAGAAAAAGCUGAAACGCG